GUGUGUGUGUGUGUGUGUGUGCUACAUGUAUUGUUUAUACGGACACCUUUAAAAGAAAUUAGAACAAAUUCCUCUCGUCACUACUUCUCUCUCCAGUAAGUGAUAUGACAUAUGCCCAGGCACAGAUGACGCCAUAUCAAUAACUGCUCCCUAGCGCGGUCCGAUCAAUAAAGCGAACGAGAGACGGAGAGAGAGUUUGCAACAGAGGUUAUUUUCAAACGCGGUGACGAUUUUUCAGCUAAGACAGCGGAAACAUGGCGCAACAGCAGUCACAGGGUUGUUACAACAUCGUCGUGUGCGUCGACCCCAGCGAACACAGUGAGGCCGCCUUUAAAAAUUACUGUGAGAACUUCAGCCGUAAGGAGCACUGUGUCCAGAUGCUGCACAUCAUGGAGUGGUGGGGAGACGGAGUCUGGAACAUGAGCCCGGCUCGUCUGGAAGAGUGUGUGAAGGAAACCAACAAGACGGCCGAGGUCUUGAAAGCCAAAUACACUCAAGCAUUGGCUCAGUUUGGUCUUAACGGCCAGUUUCAUAAAGUGGAAGGAAAACACGCACACGUCUGGCAUGAGGUCAUCCAGUUUGCGCAGUCGCAGAAUGCCAAGCUGAUCGUGAUGGGUUGCCGCGGGCUCGGCAAACUUCGCAAGACCAUCAUAGGCAGCAACAGCGACAGCGUCCUGCACCACUCCAACAUCCCAGUCCUUGUCUACAAGAGUUAGACGUCGUCGUGGUGGUCUGCAGCAUUGCGUUUGUUCUCACGAGUCGCGGCGUGAAGACAACGUAGAUGGGUUUGAUAUUAUGGAAGAUUAAAUGAUGGAUUUUGUUUCUGAAUGUUGCCACUCUUAAGAAGUCUUCUGAAGGAUGUCAAACCAUCUGGCAGCUCAAGUGGACGUUAUACUGUGGCAGUUUUAAGUUUUAACUAUUAUUAGUAUAUCAUAUUUUUACGUUAUUUUACUAAUUUACUAUACUAGCGCUGGUGCACAUUACAAGCUCCCAUCUUGUCUUCCCGUCAUGUUCUUCAACUGGUUUUACUAAUAGAAAGCGCAAACUUAUGUAGUAGCUCAAGUGUCCUUUAGCCGUAUUCUGAUUAUAUGGAAAUGCUCUUCACAUUUUGUUCACAUGUGAAUACUCUAGACGUAUUCUGAUUAUAUGGAAAUGCUCUUCACAUUCUGUUUACAUGUGAAUACUCUAGACGUAUUCUGAUUUUGUGAGAAUUCUCUCCAUAUUCUGUUUACAUUAGAAUCGUUUUACCGUGUUCUGAUUAUGUGGAAAUUCUCUCCACAUUCUGUUUACAUGAUAAUCAUUUAGCCGUUUUCUGAUUAUGUGAGAAUUCUCUCCAUAUUCUGUUUACAUGAGAAUCUUCUAGACGUAUUCUGAUUAUGUGAGAAUUCUCUCCAUAUUCUGUUUACAUGAGAAUCCUCUAGACGUAUUCUGACUAUUGUUGGGAAUCCUAAAUGCGUAUUACUGUUGGUGUAUUCCCAGGAUUAGAAGGAUUAGACUAUCAUUUAAUGUAUUUUAACAGAUGUACUAAGGACAUUGAUUAAUGGAAAAAUUUAUAGUGGCAUGCGUUUUUUUCUGUUAUAACCAGAUGUACCUGUAUUUACACUCUAUAUCGUAAUGAAUAUUAAAACGUCUCUAUAUU